UCCAUCUCAUCCCCGGCCAUGCAGGGUCUCAAGAGAGCAGUUUCACCAGGCCAACCGCCUGACCCCAAGCGGGCCGCGGCCGUCACAAGGAUACCCAAAUCAAUCAACGACUUGCCCGAGGAAUUGCUCGAUCAAAUCUUCUCUUAUCAGGCUGAAGACACAACUACAUACCCAUACCAUGGCUGGAGGUGUCCAUCCCGCGACAAAACAAACAAAAAGGCGCUGAAGAGCCUCUGUCAAGUUUCCAGAAAGAUACGCCGGAUAGCACAGCCGUUGCUAUUCAACAUGUUCGUCAUCCAACACGGAACGAGCCAGGAGGAUCUCCGCACGGUUGCGGCCCGGCCAGACCUUGCGGCCAAAAUCGAGCAGCUCUUCUUCGGGGUUGAUUCUGUGGCCUCCUACGUGAUUGGCAACGAUACCGUUUUUGAUGAGACGGAUCCCCUCCUCUUGGCUGCGAAGCAGGUGGAUUUUGAUGACCAAGAAUGUUUUAUCCGGGCCAUCGGUAGACGGGAUCCAUGGGCGGAGAUGGCACUGCUUGUGACUUUGACGCCCGGCCUACAAAAGCUUUGCAUCAAAAGGCAUGAGAACUGGUUAGUGCGGAAUUCCUGGUUUUCCUUAACGUUGGAACGUGCUUCGAAAUCGCCAGAGUCGACGCCCGGAUCGCCGUUUUCAAAAGUUCGCCAUCUUUGUUAUAGAUAUGAUGGACAUAGCGAACCAGUGGCUGGCUUACCGUAUAACCUCAACAUAGCGUUUCCCAGCCUGCAGUCCUUAGAGUUAAUUGCGGCUCACCGAGUUGAAUUUAGGCAAUGGCCAAAAAAGUCUUCGGACAUUUCAUCAAUUUCCAUAGUAUUAUCGGAUUUGGACCAAAAGGUGGUCGGUAACAUAAUUUGCGGCUGCAAAGCCCUCAAAGAGUUCCGGUAUUGCGAGAGAAUAUAUACGGACAUCAGUGUGCUCAAACUCCUGGAUUACUUGCGCUCCCAGAGCAAUUCGAUCGAAGUGCUGGAAUUCCAAGUUGUGGAACAGUAUGACGAAAUGAAGGGAGCUGGAAGUAUUCCAGUAGGUUCACUCCAGCAUUUCAGUCAACUCAAGCUACUGGAGAUUACAGAUAAUCUACUCAUAGGCAGACAAGUCCCUGGAGUAGCACCGGUCAAAUUCGUCGAUAUCCUUCCGCAUUCUUUCGAGCAUCUAGUGAUAAUUCAAGCAGUAAACUUUCUAGAGCUAACCCUUUCUCUACUCAAAGACCUCGCCACUUCUGGUAUAGAACGCUUUCCAGCUUUUCGAAAGGUCCUAGUUGCUCCUUGCACGGGUCUUCUGGAACCCAAUUGUACUAUAAAUUCGUCUGUGGAGGCUGUCCAGGCGUCUAUCGAAGAGAUGCGCUCUUUGUCAGCUCAAAGAAACAUCGAUUUCGAAGUCCUCCUAAUAGACACGGCAAAGUUGGCACCCAAAGUCAAUCAUAAUGAAGAGUCGAACCGAUCAACUGAUAGUUAGUCUGCUUCAAUUGUAUUUUUUUUUUUUUUUUUUUUUUUUUUUUUUUUU